AUGCCGCGUGCAUCGCCGUCGCUGGGCGAGGGCGCCAUCGUCAGUGCCCAGGCACGCAUGCUGCACCCCGCCGAGCACUUUCGAGAGGAGUUCGGCAGCGAAUACAGACACCACCGCGUGCAGGAUUUGGUGGUGCGAAAGCUCGCCAUCCGCAAGAUCCGCGCAAAGGAAACAAAGGUGGUGCUGCUGAGCCACGCAGACUUUCCCGGGCUCGAAAUCUACGCCAGCCCGGGCUGCCUCAAGCUCAUCACCGCCGGCCCACCAGAGAAGCAGUUCCGCAACACGGGCGAGCUCGUCUUCAGCAAGACUAAGAAGGACAAGCAAGCCAUGGAGCUCUUCCGCGACCGCGCCGAUCCAACGGGGCUGACUGUCGACGACCUCUCCGCCCUGCACGACCCGCUGCACCCGCGGGAUGAGAACGCCACGGAUCUCGGCCUCACCACAGACGUCCGCGACCACCAGGACGCUAGCGCCAGCCUGCUGGAUGAUGACGACGACGGCGACCACGACCACGACCACGACCACGACGAUGCUGGUGACCAGCCCAGGAGGCGCAACCGCGCGGGGAAGAGCAAGCAGCCCGGCAAGCGCGGGCGCCCGCCCAAGGGCAGCGCAAAGGGCAGCGAGUUCACCAGCAUCCCGCCCAUCUUCGACGAGCAGUGGGUCAGCGUGGCAAAGGAGGCUGCCAUCAGACGAGCGCAGGAGGCAGACCACCACCACCAUCACCACCACCACCACGUGCCCGGCAUUGAGGCUGCCGAUAUUGGCCUGCCCAUGCCCCCGGAGACAAACAAGGCAGCCAUGCUCAACGGACUUCCGCUCUCGGAUCCGCGCGCCCCCGUAUCCAUCACGCCCGGCCGCCUCUUCCGCCACUUCUUCCCGCUGGACGCCCUCAACGGCAUGGUGACGCAGGCCACAAACGACGCCCACAAUGAGAUGAUGCUGUCGGCGGGCGAGUUCACGCGCUGGCUCGGCAUCUGGUUCUGCAUGACUUGCUUCCCGGAGAGCCAGAUCAGCAACUUCUGGCCCAACGUCGCCAUGCCGCUCAUCCGCACCCGCCCCAACAUGGCCCAGUUUAUGUCGCAGGAGCGCUUUGAGUCCAUCUUGGCCAACCUGCGGUUUGCGUCCCCGGCGCACGCGCCGACAACCGGCAACGCGGCCCGUGAUGACUCCAUCGCCGUGCUCUCCACGCUCGUCAGCGAGUGGAACGCAAACAUGCUGCAGUCGUUCUCGGCGUCAUCGCUCAUCCGCCUGGGUCUCUCCUCCUCCAUCUCCCUGCCCGGUGUGCCAGACCACGCCACCCUCAGCACGCGCCGCAGGGCCGCCGACCCCUUCUCCACCACAUACGCUGCCCUCACCUGCGCACAGUCAGGCCUCCUCUUCCGCCUCGCCCCGCUCUCCCCGCUCGUCGGGUAUGCUGGCGGCAUUGGUCACCCCAUGCCUGCAGGCACGGGCCCUUCGUCCGCUACACAACCAACAGCAGCUGCACCUGCAGCAGCGGUGGCAGCAACAAACGGCGGCACGCCACAACAGCAACAGCAACAGCAACAGCAGCAGCAACAGCAGCAGAGUGCUGGCGCAAGACAGCCACCGCAGGGCCCACAACAGCAGGGCGCACACGCUUCAGCGGGCAGCAGCAGCAGCGCCAGUGGUGGUGGCGGCGAUGGGGCAGAGUUUGCCGAGUAUGGGCGACUGCCUGGCUUCCUGCUCCGCCUGACAAAGCCACUGCACGGCACCAACCCGGUUGUUGUGCUUGACGCCAACUUUUGCUCGCCGCACGCCAUGGCGGCACUGCAUCGGUUUGGCGUGCUCGCGUGUGCCCCGGUGCAGACGCGGCGCCACGUGUACCCGCACGGUGUCCCCGGUGCCUCCGCUGACGAGUACAUGCGCGACAAAGGGCUUGGCUUUGUCGACGCGCUGCCUGGCCGCCUCGGCUCAAGCCCGCACCAGCAGAUGUGUCUGUUUGCGCUUCGCGACAGCACGGGCGUGCCCAAGCUGCUGGCCAACUUCAACGGCGUGUGCCUGAGCGACGACACCAAGACGCGUGUGUCUGCGGACACGGGGGAGCCCACCACCUUCUCGCUGCCGCGCGUGUUCUCGGACUAUCUUGCGUCGUGCCACGUGCUGGCCGACCACAACACCAUCCGUAACUCGACGCUCUCCCUGGAGAAGUCAUGGCCGCAGACGUCGCAUGCCAUUCGCCAGCUUGCGUUUCUCCUCGCCGUGUCGGAGGUGAACGCGUGGGUCGCGUACAACCACUUCGUGCGGCGCCCCUUCAACCUGCCCGGCGUGAGCUUGCUUGAGUUCCGUGAGACGCUUGCCGUCGACCUGAUCAGCAGCGACCUGCCCGACCCGCACACGAGCGCGCCGCAGCCGCAGCCAGGGAUGCAGGCACCUGGGCAGGGGCCAGGCAUGCCCUAUCACCACCACCACCACCCUCACCACCACCACGCCCCGCACCCAGCACAGCCGCCGCCCCAGCAGCCUGCGCAGCAGCAGCAGCAGCAACAACAACAACAGCAGCAGCAGCAGCAGCAGCAGGAGCAGCACUACCAGCAGCUGCCCAAGUACGCUGCGCCCCACAUGCAGCCCCAGGAAGAGGCGCCAACACAGCAACAGCAAGGACCGCAGCAAGGACAGCCGCAGGACGAUGCCCUGAUGCAACUCGCCCUUCAAGGCGGCCAUCUCGACCUUGCCUCUGAAUUGCCGACCAAGCGCUCAAAACCAGAAUAG